AAAAAAAAAAAAAAAGAUAAAUCCUUAUAGUCAACAAAUUGCGCCCUUGAUUGGUCACUAUUUGACUAUUGACUUUGCUGUUGGGCUUUUUGCUUUGGUUUGCGGUGUAAGGCACUCAGAUCGAGGGUUCCAGAAUUUUAUUAUCUAUUUGUAUUCUUUUUUCUUUGUAAAAAUUUUAGUACGAAUUCUUUUGCUGGCAAGGGCUCAAAUUGUAAGACUCCAACCAGGGCAUUUCCGGCAGAACGGGUACAAAGACAAGGACAAAAUCGGCACAAAGUCCAUCUUAAAUACGUGGAGAUAGGGCAUCUUCCGUGUUGAUUCAAACAGCGAAGGAGCUAGUCGUCCCACAACCAGAAGAAGAAGAAGAAGAAGAAGAAGAAGAAGAAGAAGAAGAGUGAAAUAGUUGAAAGAGAGAAAGUGCGGAUAGGCGUUUUGAAGGUUCGACCAUUGGAUGGUCAUUAUUUAUGUGAAAAAGCCGACUUCUUUAUCUUCGAUGACUGAAUUAACAACAACAAAAGGAGGGGAGAAAUCGGAAUCGACGGAGGAGUUUUGACGGGAUUUGUUUUGAUGCGAUCGAUUUGUGAGAUUUAAACUGGAAAAAGAUUUCGACAAAUCAUCAAAUUUGGCGGAGCGAUUGUUAUUAUUAUUUUAUUUUUUUGACAAAAGAAACAGGUAUUGAAAAAAAAAAAAACUUAGAUUUUGAAUUUCUACGCUUUGUUUGUGGUAGUUUUCCCUUACUUCUAAAAAAAUUAAAGCUGUGGAGUCUCCAUUGGAUUCGGCCUUUGUCAGAUCUCAAAGAAUCUUAAUCAGAGGAAGAGCAGAUUUAGGGGUUAUUUUUUAUCGAGGAAUUCAUUGAAGAAAUUUGUUGAAGAGAAGAGGAUUUCUUGUUCCGAUUCCUCUAGAUCAACCUUAGACCUAGGCGUCAUUUAAUUGAUUAUCCUUCUUCGCUGCUGAGGACUUUUGUCCAUGAGGCUCUUGGCAUCGAUAGCCGCAGGAGCUUUUGUGGAAGGAGUUUUUAUUGCAUACAAAUAGGCGUCACCAUGGCUCUGGGCCAAUUAUAGGCUUCAAGAAUUAGGCUAUUUGUCUGUUUUAGUCUGACUUCAUGGAAAUCGACCUAGCUGCUUGGCAAAUCGAGACUUAGAGACUUUUCUGGGAUCUGUCUUGCUGUGGCGAUAGACUGAUUAGAUAGAAAUUUUUAGGGUGUUUAUUUUUUGUUAGAUAGACCGAUUGCUUGCCUAUGCGUUGUUGACGUGUUUAUGUUCUGAUGAAUUUGGAAUUUCAUGUUUAUAUGAUUUGGAUCUAUCGAUUUUGGGUUAUUUUUCUCUGAUUUAAGGAGCCUCAUGUGAAUUUUUGUGAAACUCAAAACUCCAUAGCUGCAGAAAAGAGGUGUAGAACUAUUGAAGGGCAGAAUAAUGUUUGCGCUUUGAAGAGACUAGGAGAUCUUUACUGAUAUUUUGGCAGUGGUCAAAUGGUUUGACAUGAGGCAGCUAGGCUGCCAUGUCUUUAUUGGCAUAGAGUGAAACAACUAUACUUCUAUUAUUACCAGAAGUAAUUUUGUGGAAAUAAUGCAUAGCAAAAAACACAGUUUGUUAAAAACUGUAGCUGUACUUGUUUUGAUGAUGAAACUUUUACAAUAUAUAUUUUGUUUUUUGCGAAGAACCCUGCUUCGAAGCAUUUGGAACAAAUUUAAUCCAAUGUUACAUUCUCAAUUGAGGGAAGUUUUCCUGGACAUCAAAACUUGUCAGCAUGAUCUGCCUCAAGGCAGGAUAGCCACAUAAGGUGUUGAAUACUUGAGUUUUAUAGCUACCUGGAUAUAGCUACCUGAUCUGUUAAAUAUCUGACAAGAUUGGAGGAACCCAAUUAACUAACGGUGUUUGUGCUUGCACCAGGAGUUUCUCUUCGGCUCUGGUGUCAAGUAGUGAGCAAGAAGCCAAGGGAUCCUGCAAGACUUGUCGUGGUAGACCAUUAGUUGAUAUAGGAUCUGUUUCUACAGGCAUAAUGAGCACAGUAGGUCUGGAACUCACAAGUUUUAUAAACCCUGACUUGACUUGGAAGACAGUGACAAAGGGGAAUAGGAGUGGAACGAGACGUACAAGGAAACCAGGUACUAAAAGCUUGGUGGGAAUGGGUCUAGCUGAAAAAAAUGGCAGAACAGUGGAGGAUGUUACGGUUUCUGAGUCAGAGAAGCUUGGUGUAGAUGUUCUGGGAAGACGCUUUAGCGAAAAAGUAGAGCAUGUUCCAAUAAAGAAAAGGAGAUUUGUUUUCCGAUCUCCAUCACCACCACCCCCACCGACCCCUUCUCAGCACCUUGAAGUCUCUGGACAACAUGUAGAUUUUCAACCUGCUCCGGGUCAAAGUACUGGUUCAAAUUCAGCUCAGAGGCAACGGCUCAUGAAAUCUGAUUGUUUUACCAAGUCAACUGUUCAUAGUAUUAAUGAUGAGAAGUUUUCAGAGGUAAAAAAUGAUGUUGAGGAUUUCUCAGGGAUUGAAAUACUUGCAGCUGCUGCUUGCAUUGAUGGAAUCGGUGAUGAUGUUACUGAAAAAAAUGAGGAAAAUCCCUUAGUAGAAGAAUCAACAAAAGAGAGAGUUGAGUCUUCGGCUUCUGCAAUGCCUUUGGAAGAAACUAUUACAUCAUUGGAGACAGCUUGUUGCUCCCCAAAAUAUUCAGUAAGUGAAGGUAAAACUGAUGGUUCAUCUUUCCAGGUUGAUUCCUUUGCUGUUUUGAAUGAAUCUCAUGGUGAUAAGGAUAAUACAACAACAGAAAGGUCCAUCCCCUUGCCAGAUGAUAGGUUACUCUGGGAUUUAAAUCUUUCAAUGGAUGCUUGGCCCUGUGAUGGUGGAAAUGUUGAUUCUCAAAAGGAUGCUGUGGAUAAUAUUUCUGUGACAGGUGAAGUGCUGCAGACUAAGCCUUCUGAUGGUGGGAAUGUUGAUUCUCAAAAGGAUGCUGUGUAUAAUAUUUCUGUGACAAGUGAAGAGCUGCAGACUAUUUAUGUGACAAGUGAAGAGCUGCAGACUAAGGAACCUCAAGAUAGCAAAAAUGAUACUAUGAACAAAGUAGUUUCACCUGAUGUUGAUGCGGUUAACAAGAUGACUUCAGGCUUGAAAAACAUAUCUGUUGGGACUGAUGAUUUGAGUAGAGAGAAACAGGUAUCUGAAGGAUGCUCUAGCUCCGGCGAGAACAAAACUGAACAUGUUCCAGUGCUAGUGGUUGAUGCUGAGAAUUCCUUGAUGUCCACUGCUCUUAACACAAAUGCUUCCAUUGAGGCAGUAAACAUGGAUCAAUGCCUUAGUCAUCCUCCUUUUCCUGGAUCAGAGAAGAGUACUUGGGUGUCUGAGGAAGAUCGAGAAACAUCAUUGUCAACUCAUGAUAUUAAGCUGAGCACAGUAGGGUGUAUUUCUGAGGCAGAGGCGGGCAAAACUGUUUGUGUAGAAAGUCUUAAGGUGGAAGAGUCUGAUGAUGCUUCUCCCUGUGUACCAGUUUUAGGCACAGUUGCUAAUGACAUUCAGAACACCAGUGCUAGCAAAAAUGAGAAGGAUUGUGAUAGAGAUUCUGAGUUGGAUGAUGUCAAAAUUUUUUCUCAGGACCUGGACAAUCCUCAACCUCGAGAAUCCUGUGAUGUUGAGCAUGGAAAUGGGGCAGAGGAGAUGGACAUUUGCCAUUUUUCACCAAAGUCUGAAGAUAUGUCCAUAUCAGAUGAUUAUGUAAUGGAGGCUACGGAACGAACUGAUGGUGCUUCAUCAGCUUAUAUUGCUCAAGUUGAUUCUGUUGUUCAUGUAGGGUCUGAGUUACUGUCAGAAAAGUCUUCCAGAAAUGCCAUAGCUACAUCAGGAGCUGGCGAGCUUUUCACUCAUGAGGCAUGUAGAAUCAAUUUUAAUGGUCCUACAAUCUACUUGGAUAAGGCCAACCUGAAUGAUCCUCCUAAAGAAAGCCACGACUUAGCUGCUUCUGAAGAUAAGGCAUUGAAUGUUGGCAUGGGAAACCACUCAGAACUUCAGGCUGGUUAUGAUUCACAAUUCGAGGAUGGGGAAUUCAGGGAAUCAGAUGUUCAAUGUUGGGAGGAAGCUGAACAGGUGGACUAUGACACUGAAUUUGAGGAAGAAAGAUCGUUUGGCUUGGAAGCUGAUAGUGGUGAUCAGAAAUUAAAGAUAGAAAUAGGAUCAAGUCCGGAUGUAUCUGGAAAUUUUAAAUCUUGCGAAACUAGAGAGGUUUUGAGGGAAAAUUCAGUGAGCUUAAAGGUGAGAACUGUGGAAAUGCCUGAUGCUGAAACAAAGAAAAAUGAUUGCUUGGAUGGGUCUAAUGUCGAAGAUUACAAUCGUAGAGUAGAUUUAUCUAAGGUAUCUAAAAGGGAAUUGCAUUCACGUGUUGAAGGAUCGUUAUCAUCUGAUCCUAUUCAGAGAAGCAGGUCCGACAAUUUUGAUGGUUCAUAUCCUCAAGCUGAAAGGGAGGCUGGCUCUGACAAAUUCAUGGGGAGGGAUAGAUCUGCUUCACAUUUGCGUGGCAGAAGCCCAGGGGGUGGUUACUUUUUCAAUCCUUCAGCUAAUUAUUGGGAUUCUAAACGGCAGCAUGCGCCUAUUUAUCAUGGCUCUUAUAAUUUUGGGCGCCCGAGACCAAAAAGUGUAGUUGAGAGCCGUGGAUAUUCUGUGGCCACAGACCAAGCACCUUUGGAAGCUGCUGGUGUUGCAAGACCUGACAACCGCAUUAACAGGCAAUUUAUGGGCCCCUCCAAUGGUGCAUACAGAACUCUCCUUAGAAGGAGAUCACCAGCUGAAAGAGAUGAUUCUUUUGAUGUGCGUACAAGAAUGCCAACCAUAAGAGAUAACAGUCCUGAUCGGACGAGGCUUAGAAGAUAUCCACAAGGGGUUAAUAGGGGCAUCAGAGUUGAAUCUCUCAGGCAUAUUCCUGAUGAUGGCACAGGAUAUUUUAGUCGCAUGCCACAUUGUUUAGGCAGGAGAGAAAGAAGCAUUUCCCCUCAUGGUGGAAGACCGCAUUAUACUUACAAGAGAACUCGGUCAAGAUCAAGGAGCCGCUCGCCCAUUGGUUUGUUAUUACAGAGGGAUCGAAAUGAGGGUUCAAGACGUCGUAGCAGGUCACCAGAUUUUAGGUCUGAUGCUAGGAUAGAUAGGGUGAGGUUGCCAUUUACAAAGCGCUUUACUGUGGAUUAUGGAGAGGAUUUCAUAUCCCCAUCUAGAAGUCGCAUCUCACCGCAGCGAAGUUCCAGGAUGCUUGAGGAUCGAAAUUCUGGUUUAGACUAUUUUAGGGGGCGGAAAUCAUCUGUGAGGAUGUUUCGGCAGGGCCAAAGAUUUGAUCAAGUGCACCCCAUUCGAAAAUUAAGUUCAGAUGAUUAUACGAGACCCAUGAUUCGACCCAGAAGAUUUCCAGAUAUGACUGUUGGUGGUAAAGGUUGUAAAUAUGAAGGCAGUGAUGAUGAUAAAAAUGGCAGCAGAUAUGAGAUGAUUCAUCGAGUGAGGCGAUAUGAUACAGAUGGUGCAGUUCGUCGCAUUCGGUAUAAUGCAGAAGAUUCAUAUGUGGCUAAUAACUCUUUAACCAUGACUAGUGCAGUUUGGGGUCUCAUAUAGGAGGCCUGAUGAUGCACCCAGGACAGAUAGUGAAGAUAGGACUUUUAAGAUGCAACCCCGAGAGGAUUUGGUUGGAAAGGGAGAUGCGUAGCUUUGAACAGGUAUAUGUCUUUCUCCUUACCUAGUCUUGGGCUGUGUUUUGUGGUUGGUGGGAGAUCCUUUUUUCAGCUUUUUUAUCAUUUCCAUUUAUUGGGCAGGAUCCUUCUAAAUUCUGCCUGAUUUUUUGGUUGGUAGCCUCCCUUGGCAAAGAAAUCUUUUUUCUCCUCUUAGGUUUGGUGUUCAUUUUUUUUCCUCCUUAUUUUCUACAGUUCCCUCUUUACUAUGGUCGCUCUCCUCAUGCCUAGAAGGUUGUCGCUGCCUCUAUGUAUGAGGCAAUUAAGGUAUAACGGUUGAGUAGAAAUUAAUUAAGGGUUUUUUUUUUUUUCAAUGCAUCAAUUUAAUUUGGCUUUUUCUCAUUAGUAUUAUCGUUUCAUCUUCUCUGCGUCAUGGCUAUAAAAGAUAAGUAAUGGUUUAAGAGCUCAUUUAUGUUGCCCAAUGCUAAUUGGUGAAGUUGAAAGAAUAAUUUCAACAGGAUGAUCUUAACAAGCGGGCAUUUAAAAUACAAUAAAAGUGUGCAGUUAUCUCACUACUAUAUUUACAUAUUCACCUACAAAUAAAUUCUCACUUAUAAACCUCAUCUCAUCGAUAUCUACUCGGCUAUUGCUUUAUUGACUCCGGAAAUUAAUAAGCAAAUAACUUUGGUUGUAAAAUUUGCAUGGCUCCUUCACUCUUAUGUAUCCUUAUCAGAAGGUGAUCAUGCCGCUGCAGAAACAUUUCACAUAGAGAACAAAUGGCUCUAGCCAUUAAAUCCAAAUCACUUGAAGAAUUGAAAUUCUUUGUUUAUGUUUUUUGGGUCGUUUUCAAUUUAACAGGGUUCUUUCUAGGGCUUUAAAAACUGGCAAUAAGAAACUCUAGUGGAGAGUUAAUAUGCGAAAUGUUAAAAUUCAAAUGUUAUUGGCUGAAAACAUACGUUCACAAUGGACCUAAAUCCUCUUAAUAUUACAGAUAUAGAUAGAGAAGAGUGAUUUACCCCGUGGGAUUGCAUUUGUGGUAAAUUGCUUAACUUUUUCCCUUUUUCUUAAAGGCUCGAUGCAAAAAGCACAUAAAAAAAAAUGUAAAGGGACGAUUCCUCUACUUGCUCACCGGGUGCGACUCAAAAUGCAGUUUAUCUGCCAAACCAGAUGAACAUAUUGCGGUAACUUCUUGCCGCAUUUCCUGCGGCCCACUUUCAAUAACGGCAACUCUGGUUCCUUUGCUGCCACGAUAAAAGAAAAUUUGUUACGUAUAUAUAUUGGAUGUCAUAACGCAAAUUCGUUCAUUAUUGGUCGGGAAAUGAUUCGACAAAUUCCAUGGUUCUUUCUUUAACCAACAAGUUUCCUUGUCAGAUUAUAGAAAGAUCCCUGACGAAGAAUAACUUACUUUUCAAGUCUGGUCUUUCACCCCUAAUGGACCUUGGUGGCUUGGAGUAGAGACUGGUGCAGGACGCUUUCUAGUUAUCUGUCAGCAUUUUUAGACCAUGCCGGCUACAUCGUUGGCGGAG